AUGGCGCCGGACGCAGAUGCUGAUUUAGCAUGGUGGGCCAAACACCUGGAAGACCAGACUAUCACGCCGCUGACAAGAGAUUAUCCCGAAACAACCUCCGACAAUGUCAACAGGAGGCCUAUCGAGGCUACAGAAUCACUAACGGUACCAUCAACUACACUUACAAAGCUCUCAGCCGACCUGGACGCGACAUCGGUUGCCAUACUUCAGACUGCUUUUAUUAUCCUGGUUUCAAGAUUGACUGGGGACGAAGACAUCAGCAUCGGCACGAAUUCUGAGGAGAAUGGUCCCAGCUUCGUGCUCAAGACAACUCUUGAUGCUAAGAAUUCAUUUUCCAAGCUAGUCCAGCAGGUGCAGGAGCUCUCCUCGGAGGCUUCAGAGAGACCGGUAUCACUAGAAAAGCUUCGAGCACAGCUUCAGAGACCUGUACUGUUCAGGUUCGCACUUUUCAACGCAAGUCGAGAUGUUCUGGGCGUACAUGCCGAGACUAUUGAUUUACUCAUCACCUACACUCUCUCAUCCACGAAUGACUUGAAGCUCACAGCACGAUACAACCAACGUCUAAUCUCGAGUGCAAGGAUAGCAGGGAUACUAGGCCAAUUAACCACACUUUUACAAAAUGCUGCCACCGAUGUCGAUGCACCCAUUGGUGGUAUCGAUUUCGCAACCUCCGAGGAGAAGAAGCUACUACCCGACCCUACCAGCGACCUUGAGUGGUCAAACUUCCGUGGUGCGAUCCAUGAUAUAUUUGCAGCUAAUGCAGAAGCUCAUCCGGAUAGGACGUGCGUCGUGGAGACAAAAUCAGAGGAUGGGCCAGAACGGACAUUCACCUAUCAACAGAUCCAUCACGGAUCGUCGGUACUUGCCCACCAUCUUUUGAAAUCAGGUUUACAGUUGGGGGAGGUGGUGAUGAUCUACUCAUACCGUGGUGUUGAUUUGGUGGUCGCGGUGAUGGGUGCCUUGAAAGCUGGUGGCACCUUCUCAGUGCUCGAUCCUGCAUACCCUCCAGACCGGCAGAAUAUCUAUCUUGAUGUUUCGAGACCUCGGGCGCUCGUCAUCAUUGAAAAGGCUACUCAAGACGCGGGCGAAUUGUCCGAUAAGGUCCGAACCUUCGUUAAGCAGAAUCUUGACCUUAGAACAGAGGUCCCUGCCUUGCGUCUUAAUGACGAUGGCUCGGUUCAGGGUGGCCAACUCGAUGGCAAGGACGUCUUCGAAGAUGUCCAAAGCCUCAAGGCAACAAAAACCGGCGUUGUGGUCGGACCUGACUCUACGCCAACCCUCAGCUUUACGUCCGGUUCGGAAGGUAAGCCGAAGGGAGUCAAGGGUAGACAUUAUAGAGCAUACUACUUCGAUUGGAUGGCGAAGACAUUCAACCUCUCUGACAAGGACAAAUUCACCAUGUUGAGUGGUAUUGCCCAUGAUCCUAUCCAGAGAGAUAUGUUUACACCUCUAUUCUUGGGCGCCCAGCUGCUGGUGCCGUCCAAGAACGAUAUCCAGAACGAACGCCUCGCCGAGUGGAUGCGGGAGGUGGGCGCGACCGUAUCACAUUUGACGCCAGCGAUGGGGCAGAUCCUGGUAGGAGGAGCUGUGGCCACAUUCGAAAAGUUGCAUCAUGCAUUCUUUGUUGGCGACAUCCUCAUCAAGCGGGACUGCAGGUCGUUGCAAAAUCUGGCGCCCAAUGUACGGAUUGUCAAUAUGUACGGAACCACGGAAACGCAAAUUGACUAUUAUGAGAUCCCAUCUCGAGCAGAGAACGCUUCGUUUUUGGAAGGCUUAAAAGAUGUCAUCCCGGCGGGAAAAGGCAUGUCCAACGUGCAGAUGUUAGUUGUCAAUCAACACGACCGCACCAAGCUCUGUGCUGUCGGAGAACUCGGCGAGAUCUACGUGCGAGCAUCAGGCCUUGCCGAGGGGUACCUUGGGACACCAGAAUUGACCCAAGCUAAAUUUGUCGAUAAUUGGUUUCCUGGUUAUGAGGUUGGACUGGAUUCAGAUAAGCGGAGAUUCGAGGAGAAGUUCAAACAUAAAGCGUGGACUCAACACUACUUUGGCCCAAGAGAUCGUCUCUAUCGAAGUGGUGAUCUUGGUCGAUAUACACCAGCCUACGAAGUAGAGGUCAGUGGCCGGGCAGAUUUUCAGGUCAAAAUCCGUGGGUUCCGUUUGGAACUCAAUGAAAUCGACACCCACCUUUCACAGCAUCCGCUGGUGCGUGAGAACGUCACCCUUGUCCGAAGAGACAAGUUCGAGGAACAAAUGCUGGUCAGCUAUGUUGUACCACAGAUGUCAAAAUGGGAGCAAUAUCUAGCAGACCAAGGCAAGGAAGACAUUUCCGACGAUGGCUCCAUGGCUGGUCGGUUCGAACGCUUCCGCCUUCUCCAGCAGAGCGUACAGGAAUAUCUUCGAACAAAACUUCCUGUGUACGCUGUCCCUUCGAUCAUUGUCCCUAUGAAAUCUAUGCCACUCAAUCCGAACGGCAAAAUUGAUCGGCCUAAGCUCCCCUUUCCGGAUGCCACCAUGCUUAUUGCUAGCAGGAGGCGCAAAUCCUCGAUGCUGCAGAAUUUGACGGAAAGCGAGUUAGUAAUGGCGAAGAUCUGGGCCGAACUAGUGCCUGGCUUGAUCCCGAAGACGAUAAAGCCCACGGAAUCGUUCUUCGAGAUUGGUGGAGACUCGAUGAGUUCGCAACGACUGGCGUAUCAGGUCAGGAAGACACUCGGAGUUAACCUGGCAAUCAACAAAAUCUACAAUCGACCGACACUGAAAGAUAUGGCUGCUUACAUUGAUCAUAUUCGUGGGGCAGAUGCGCUGGCAGGCGGCGAAACGAAAGAAGAUCAUACUGAUGCCGAACAGCCUGGAAUAGAGUAUGGGCACGAUGCUUUGGAAAUGGCGAAGUUGCUACCACAAUCUUUCCGACCAGCCCCGUCUGCGCUACCCGCUAUGCCGGUGGUUUUCCUAACUGGUGCAACGGGGUUCCUCGGAUGCUUCAUAUUGCAGGACCUACUCUUGCGCAAGAACCCCGAAGUGAAAGUCAUUGUCCUGGUGCGAGCCAAAGACGAAGCAACUGCGAUGUCGAGAGUGAAGAUGACGUGUCAAGCAUACGGCGUCUGGUCGGAGUCCUGGACGUCCAGAAUACAAUGCGUGACAGGUAGCCUUGGCACGGACAAGUUCGGGCUAUCAGACGAAGCGUGGAAACAAAUCGCCGAAGAGACAGACGUUGUCAUUCACAACGGAGCUCAAGUACAUUGGAUCAACACCUACGAGAUGCUCAAGCCACCCAACGUGCUUGGCACUAUCGAAGCGAUCAAGCUUUGUGCUGAAGGCAAGCCCAAAUCUCUUGCAUUCGUGUCCUCGACCAGUGUGCUCGACCACGAUCACUACGUUUCUGAAGCAGCGCGCAUCAUUGCUGCUGGAGGCGAGGGCGUCAGCGAAGAAGACGACUUGAGUGGAAGCAGCGAAGGUCUCACCACGGGAUAUGGUCAGAGCAAGUGGGUUAGCGAGUCGCUGGUCCGCGAAGCUGGCAGAAGAGGUCUUCGUGGAUAUUCUGUAAGGCCAGGGUACGUCCUUGGCCAUACCAAGACUGGAGUCACAGUCACCGAUGAUUUCCUCGUCAGGAUGUUGAAAGGCUGCGUCCAGCUCAAGACCCGUCCGAAUAUGGGUCUCAACACGAUCAAUAUGGCCCCAGUCGAUCACGUCGCUCGCGCUGUGGUCGCAUGUGCCUUCAAUCCGCCAUCGGAGAGCACCAAGGUGGCCUGCAUUUCGGGAAAUCCUAAGCUACGGUUCAAUCAAUUCCUCGCGACGUUACAGACGUAUGGAUACACGGCAAGCUUGAUCGAUUACAUCCCUUGGUGUUCAAUCCUGAACGAAUAUGUCACUACAAACACCGAUUUCGCCCUCAUGCCACUGUUCACAUUUGUGGCCAACGAUCUCCCAGCGAAUUCUGUCUCGAUUGAACUGGACGAUAGCAAUACCCAGAAAGCAUUAUAUGCGGACCGUGAAUGGAGUGGAGAAGAUAUCAGUGGUGGCAGCUCGGUAACGAGAAAUACCAUCGGCUUGUCCCUGGCAUAUCUCGUUGCAAUAGGGUUCUUGCCGCCACCUAGUACGCUCAAUCAAGGAGGAUCAGUGAAGAGCCUGCCUGCUGUGAAGGUGUCAGAUGAGCAGAAGAAGGCAUUGCUGAGUGUAGGUGGGAGAGGUGCAAUGAGCUGA